AUGUCUCGGCAACUCAACAUGGACACAGUGCGGCAGAACUUCUGGAAGGAGGAGUAUCUGAGGGAGCAGAUGUUGCGCUGUGAAUGGCACCACAAAUAUGGGUCGAUGGUGAAGGCCAAGCAGAAGGCUAAGGCUGCGGCCUGCCUGCCCCUCAGGCUGCCCACCCUGCCCCCCAAAGCCCCACUCUCACCCCCACCUGCCCCCAAAGCAGUUCCUUCCAAGGCCCCCAGCCCUGCCCUGGAGGCUCCUAUUCAGUCAGAAAUGUACCCAGUCCUGCCUUCCACCCGGGCCCUGCUGUAUGAAGGCAUCUCCCACGACUUCCAGGGCCGCUACCGCUACCUCAACACCCGAAAACUGGACAUGCCAGAGAGGCGCUACCUCUUCCCCAUCACCACAAACUUCACAUACGGCUGGCAGCUGGGCCCCCCAGUGAAGCAAGAAUCGGUCUCCUGCAAGAUGUGCCACAUUGAAUCUUUCUUCCGCAAGAAUGGGGCCUUCGCACUGCCUGACCCCCGGGACCUGGUCCUCUGA